AUGGCUUCCAACCCUUGCUCUGCAUGCAAAGUCCUCAAAUCCGUGUGUACAGGUGAAUGCGUUUUUGCGCCAUAUUAUCCAUCGACGGAGCCUGAAAAAUUUGCUCUCAGCUAUGAAGCUGAAGACCGCAUACAGGAUCCCGUAACCGGUUGUGUUGGUAUGUCUUUGGCUUACGAAAAAAUUCUCAACAAUUUAAAAACGCAAAUCGUCUCAGCAAAGAAUGAGAUCGUGGCCACCAUGGGAUCCGAUAAAGUACCGGAAUAUAAUGAUAUUCCUAUGCCUGAGGAUUUCCUCAUGACACAAAACCAACAGAUGGGUGAUAAUCAUGGAGCUAAUGAGGCAUCAACAUCUGCAACGCCACCUGCAUCUUCAGGAGGCACCAAUGAUACUCAACAGACACCUUAA